AGUGAAGGCAGGAGGUUUCUGUUUUAAGAAAUAAAGUGACUCCUCGCCCGUUGAUUCACUGCCCACAGGGAGAUUUUGAGCCGAAGCUUCCUAGCCUCGGUAGAGAUUUGCAUACAACGUCCACUUCCGGCUUCAGAUCCUGCUCUUCAACUUACCUGGGCCCCGGGGAGGGCGGAGGGAGGCACCUGACGCGGAGAACCCGGAGAGGCCGACGACCCUGGGGCCCCGGGCUGUCUGGCCGUGGCCGGUCUAAGAAACUAGAAUGAGCCGAAGUAUUCCUGUGGAGGUUGAUGAGUCAGAACCGUACCCCAGCCAGCUGCUGAAAGCAAUCCCAGAGGACUCCCUGGAAGCGGAAUCAGAACCGCCUGCUCCUGGCACAAGGAACACAGCACCCCACGGCGUGUCGGCACCCGGCACCCCUGACGGUUCCCCUGGAGACUCAGCUCAGGCUCCUCCACCUCUGGCGCUCGCCAGCCCACAGCGGCCCGUGUCCCAGGCAGUCACCUGCCUGCGCGCUAGAAUCCUGGAGGAGAGUGACGACAGCUUCUGCAGCAGGCACCCAGAGCCCAGCGAAGACUGUCCCUCGGGCUCCUCUGCAGCCAGCGCGCAGGAGUCUGGGAGUGGGGCUGGCGCCUUCCUCCCAGAGCGUCAGUUUUCAUUUCUGGGAAAGCACCAUCCGUGGCUGGGAUCUCAGCUUUCAGCAGCUUCUCGUGACGCUAGCCAUGACGCCGACACAUCCGACCAAAGUUUACCUAAUGCCUCAGCAGGCUCCCGGGGCAGCGGCCAAGAGACAUGGCUGUGGGCCCAACACCACAGGAACCACGAAGCCCCAGACCCACCCAGCACAGACGGUUCCCAGCCCCAAGAUGUCCUGGGCAUCCGGCAGCUGGAAAGGCCUCUGCCCUUGACCUCUGUGUGUUACCCUCAGGACCUCCCGGCCCCGCUCCGGUCCAGGGAGUUCCCCCAGAGGUACUCAGCAUGUGUACAGGUGCAGCCUUGCAACCCUUGCGCGCACACUCCGUGGAACCCUGCUUACUGUUGUCCCAGAGGUCCCGACCACCAGGUGCCAUAUGGCCACCACUGCCCUGGAGCACCUUGCCAGCAAGCCAUACAGCCAGCGCGACCUGGGCAGCCCCGGCUCGGAGUCAGUGUGAGAGGCCCACACCCCGUGCACAAGGUUAUUCUGAAUUAUCCCAGCCCCUGGGACCAAGAAGAGAGACCUGCACACAGGGAGUGCUCCUUCCCCGGGCCUCCACGCUAUCAGGACCAGCCGAACCCCCAGCCGCCCAAUAGGGCCGGGCUUCUGGAGGAGUCCUUGGAGCGUGCCCAGGCUCUGUCCCCAGCUGCUGUACCUCGACACCCCAGCAACACUGCAGCCAGAGGCACUCUGAGGACAAGCAAUUUGCCAGAAGAGUUGCGGAAAGUCUUUAUCACAUAUUCUAUGGACACAGCCAUGGAGGUGGUGAAAUUCGUGAACUUUCUCUUGGGCAAUGGCUUCCAAACUGCAAUCGACAUAUUUGAGGACAGAAUCCGAGGCAUCGAUAUCAUUAAGUGGAUGGAGCGCUACCUAAGGGAUAAGACAGUGAUGAUAAUCGUGGCAAUCAGCCCCAAAUACAAACAGGAUGUGGAAGGCGCUGAGUCGCAGCUGGACGAAGAUGAGCAUGGCUUACAUACUAAGUACAUCCAUCGCAUGAUGCAGAUUGAGUUCAUAAAACAAGGAAGCAUGAACUUCAGAUUCAUCCCUGUGCUCUUCCCAAAUGCGAAGAAGGAGCACGUGCCCACCUGGCUUCAGAACACGCACAUCUACAGCUGGCCCAAGAAUAAGAAAAACAUCCUGCUGCGGCUGCUCCGGGAGGAGGAAUUUGUGGCUCCUCCCCGGGGGCCUCUGCCCACCCUUCAGGUGGUGCCCUUGUGACACUGUCCGUCCCAGAUCCCCCGGGGCCUGUCACAUUAGGGGCCCUGUCGUGCCCCCACUGCCUUCGAACUGAGGCUGCCUGGGGAGUGCUGGCGGCCGUUUUUCAGCCGUUGCCUGAGGGACUCUGCAGCCCCAGGAAAACUGUUCGCCAAGCACCUGCCUCCUGGCACCUCCCAGGCCCUGUCUGCAAAGCGGAGGCCCACAGAACCCUCGGCAGGUGCCGGUGUCUAACCGGUUCCUCCUGACAGCUGCUGUGCCAGGCGAGUAGAUGACCUAAGUGAUCUCACAAAGCGAAUGUAAAGACCACCGAUACUCCUAUCUCUUCAGGCUACUCCCAGAUGCCUGUAUGUCCUUAGACCCAACUGAUUCCUGAACAAAUAAAAUAAAAAUGUUUACUCUUUUCUAAGAGUGUGUUUCCCUUCUCUCGAAGGAAACAGAUGCAUACCAACUAAUGUCCAGUAACGUGGCACUUGCUUCCCAGGACAUCAGCAAAGCUGCUUAGAUAUAAUAUUAGAGAAAUCUAACAGACGACUCGGAAUUAAAGGAUUAAAGCCAGAUUAGUCAAACAGCCCUUUUUCACAUAACCAUGAAAGUUUUUUCUUGCAGUGAAGUUUUGUUUUUAAUUUGAGGGAAUAUUUCCUACCUUUAUUCUUUUGCCAUGACUUCUAUUUUUUUUUCAAAGAUUUAUUUAUUUGAAAGGCAGAGUGACUGAGAGGGAGGGAAGGAGACAGAGAGAUUUUUCAUCUGCCAGUUCACUGCCUGAAUGUCUACAACAGCUGGGGCUGAGUCAGGCCGAAGCAGGAGCCUGGAACUCCACCAGGGUCUCCCACGUUGGUGGCAGAGGCCCUAGAAGUUGAGCCGUCAUCUGUUGCUUUCCCAGGCGCAUUAGCAGGGAGCUGGAACUCAAUCCAGGCACUCCUAUAUGGGAUGCAGGUGUCCCAGGUGGAGACUUAACUAGCUGCAUCACAAUGCCUGCCCCUGUAGUAGAGAUCUGU